AAAAAAUUGUUUCUGUACGUAUAAAUUUACGUUAGGGACUUUUAACUUACGUCACCGGUAUGAUUUAUACAAAGGUAAAAUUGUCCACUAACACCGCGUACUUAGUCUAUUAAAAAUUACCUGAGCGAAUGUAAUUAUCUCGUUGUAAGGUAAACAUUAAUGUUUGCCGAUAAUAUAGAACUAGCUCAGAUGUUUCAAACUAGGGGGCUUCGUCAAGUGAUGCUUAGAUAUUUAAUUUUGUUACCAACUUUCGCUGCAUCUUGAAUUGUUUACGAGAAUAUGGACUUCAAUGGCCAAGUAAUGAGUGAAUAUCUUUGAUAAUUCUUCCCUUUGUAGUCGACUAGCAAAUCUAAAACCCUAGUCAUUUUUAAUGCCAGUGUAAUGGUGAACAAUUUUGAUUUCUUAGUACCACAAACACGCACACACACAUGCGUAUUUUCCACGCGGGCUCAAUAUAUUUUUUAGACUAUAAAGCAUUGACGAAAUCAUAACCAGAUUUCAUAACAUAGAUUUAAAAAUUUUUUAAAGGUAUUUUGUAUACAGUAAAAUAUAUAUAUAUAUAUAUAUAUAUAUAUAUAUAUGCUACAUGGACACAAGUCGACAGAGUGUAUACUGGGAGUAAGUAAAAACAAUAUACAAAUUGCGUAUUUUACCCACUUGUUAAAAGAGACCAAUAAUAUCUGAGAAAAGCAAUGGAACUAUAAUGAAUCUGAACAGUACCUCUGGAAUGAAUAUGGAGGACGUUAAACCCUUGGCCGUUCCCAACUCCGCUGUUUUUAUUAAUUUGCAUACAGUAACAGAGACUUAUUAUAAUAAUAAUGAGAGAAUUUUCGGCUGCAACAUGCUUGCUGAAGAAAAAUCAUUGGACAAAAAAGUUUGCUGUGAAAUUUGUGGGAAGUCGUUUGGCAAAGUCCGUUACUUAAAAGAACACGAGAAAGUACACACUGGGGAAAAACCGUAUCUUUGUGAAGUAUGCGGAAUAUCCUUCUCUCGGACGUCUCAUCUUGCUCUCCAUAAACGUAUUCACUCGGGGAAGAAACCUUACCACUGUGAAAUAUGCGGGAAAUCAUUUAUAAAAAACAGCAAUUUAACACAACACAAGAGAGUACACACCGGAGAAAAACCGUUUCCCUGUGAAAUUUGUGGUAAAUUUUUCUCUUACAAUUACCAUCUUGUUAUUCAUAAACGUAUUCACUCUGGAAGUAAACCUUUCCACUGUGAAAUAUGUGGAAGAUCGUUUGCUCUUAGUAGUUAUUUAAAAAGUCACAAGAGAAUACACACAGGAGAGAAGCCAUUUCAAUGUGAAGUAUGUGAAAAAAGUUUCAGUCAAAAAUCGAGUCUGGUUGGUCACAUACGUACUCACACUGGUGAAACGCCAUACCACUGUGAAAUCUGUGGUAAAUCGUUCUCUCUCAAAUCCAGGCUUGUACAUCAUGAAGCAAUACACCAUAACAAAGGUGAUUUAACAAAGGAAAAGACACAUCAUUGUGAAAUCUGUGGGAAAUGGUUCUCUUUGAAUUCUAGUCUUUUACGUCAUAAAGCAAGACACAUUGGAGAAAGAGCUUUCCACUGUGAAAUAUGUGGAAAAUCUUUUGUGGAUAAAGGUGAUUUAACAAGACACAAAAAGAUCCACAACGAGGAGAAACCUGUGCAUUGUGAGCUAUGUGGAAAAUCAUUCUUAUUUAAAUCCAGACUUGUAAAUCAUAAAAGGACACACACUGGAGAAAAGCCCUAUCACUGUGAAAUUUGUGGGAAAUCGUUCAGUAAUAAUACUAAUCUUGCCAGUCAUGUAAGGAUCCACACCGGAGAGAGACCGUAUCAUUGUGAAGUGUGUGGGAAGUCUUUUGUAACCAAAGGCGAUUUAACGAGACACGAAAGAAUACAUACUGGCGAGAAACCUUACAGCUGUGACAUUUGUGGGAAAUCAUUCCGAAGUAGUGGUCAUUUUGCCAGACACAGAAAAAUACACACUGGAGGAAAAUCGUUAUGUAAAAUUUAUAUUGAAAUGUUUAACCUAUUUUGUUACAACACAAAAUCAAACAUGACCAUGCUAUAUAAAAAAAAAAGUAGUUUUGUUUCAAAUUGUAUAUGUGCUACAAAUUGUAUAUGUGCUAUAUCGUGGGGGUUAGUAAAAAUUAUAUACAUAUUGCUUAGUUUAUCCGAGAGCAUCACAAUAUCCAAGAAAAUUACAUCUGGUGUGAAUAUGGAAGACAUUAAACCCUUGGAUAUUCCCAACUCGACUGUUUUGACCAAUUUGGAUAUAGUAACACAGACUUAUAGUAAUGAUAAAAUGUUAAGCAACGAAGUAUUUACUAAAGAACAUUCAUUGGACACAAAAUUUCGCUGUGAAGUUUGUGGGAAAUCGUUUGGCAAAUCCAGUAACUUAACGCAACACAAAAGAGUACACACCGGAGAAAAACCGUUUCGUUGUGAACAGUGUGGAAAAUCAUUCAGUCAGAAUUGUCAUCUUGUUAUACAUAAGCGAAUUCACAGUGGAAAUAAACCUUACCACUGUGAAAUAUGUGGAAAAUCAUUUUCCGAUAAUAAUUAUUUAACAAGUCACAAGAGAAUACAUACUGGAGAAAAGCCAUUUCAGUGUGAAAUCUGCGGGAAAUAUUUUAGUCAGAAAUCGAGUCUGGUUACUCACAUACGGACUCACACUGGAGAAAAACCCUACCACUGCGACGUGUGUGGUAAAUAUUUUACAACCAGCGGUAUCUUAGCAAGGCACAAACAAAUCCACACUCAGGAGAAACCUUACCGCUGUGAAAUUUGUGGGAAAUCCUUCUCCGUUAAUUCUAGUCUUAUAAAUCACAAAAGAACACAUACUGAAGAAAAGCCAUAUCACUGUGAAAUUUGUGGGAAAUCUUUCGUUCAGAUUUCACAUCUUGUACGUCACAACAGAGUACACACUGGGGAGAAACCGUAUCAUUGUGAAAUCUGUGGUAAGUUAUUCUCUGCUCGUUCGCGUCUUGCAUAUCACAAAACAACGCACACCGGAGAGAGACCUUUCCACUGUGAAAUGUGUGGGGUUUCUUUUGCCUGGGAAAAACCAUUCCACUGUGAAAUGUGUGGGGUUUCUUUUGCUUGUAACGGUAAGGUAAAAAGGCACAGCAGAAAACAUACAGGCGAAAAACCAUUCUGUUGUGAAAUUUGUGGGAAAUCUUAUAUCAGUAAUAGUGAGUUAACAAGACAUAAGAAAAUACACAGUGGAGAGAAACCUUACCAUUGUGACUUAUGUGGGAAGUCGUUUGUUAACAGCUGUAGCCUUGUUGGUCACAAAAGAAUUCAUACUGGUGAAAAACCAUUCCAUUGUGAAAUUUGUGGACAAUCCUUCGUUCAGAAUUCUCAUCUUGUCAGUCACAAAAGAACGCACACUGGAGAGAAACCGUUUCCAUGUGAAAUCUGUGGAAAAAAUUUCUUCUCUAAGAGUGUGUUAAAAAGACACAAAACCAUACACUCUGGGGGAAAACCAUUCCACUGUGAAGUUUGUGGAAAUUCUUUUGUCUCUAACAGUGCGUUAACAAGACACCAAAGAACACACACUGGAGAAAAAUCGUUCCACUGUCAAAUAUGUGGAAAAUCAUUCUUUUAUAAUUCUGAUUUCAUAGUUCAUAUGUGUUCUCAUACUGGAGAAACCAUUCAACUGUGAAAUAUUUAGGAAAUCAUUUAUUACUGCUUGUAAUUUAACCAAACAUAAAGAUACACAUACAAGAGAAAAGACUUUUCAUAGUACUGGGUGCAUUUUCUGUGGCACCAGCUCUAGUGAGGUUGCCGUACAGCUUGCAAAAUCCAAGCUUCCAUUCAAAUGAGGGGGGGGGGCUACAGUAAAGACAGGUUCCUUUAUAUUAGAUGAGAGGUUAAUGCACAAGGCUAGCAGUUUUGGGGUAUGGGGUCAGCCAAUUAUACUGAUGUUAACACCUUGCUGGAAUUUGAACUUAAAACACAAAGAUAGACAAAAUGCUACUAAGCCUCUUGCCUGGUCUGCUAACGAUUUUGUGAGUUCACCACCUUCUUUCAUAUUGUUGGUGGUUGGCACUCUGUCGAGGGUUCCAGUUGAUCCGAUCAACGGAACAGCCUGCUCGUGAAAUUAAAGUGCAAGUGGCUGAGCACUCCACAGACACGUGUACCCUUAACGUAGUUCUCGGGGAGAUUCAGCGUGACAAGGUUGACCCUUUGAAUUACAGGCACAACAGAAACAGGAAAAAAAGAGUGAGAGAAAGUUGUGGUGAAAGAGUACAGCAGGGUUCGCCACCAUCCCCUGCCGGAGCCUCGUGGAGCUUUAGGUGUUUUCGCUCAAUAAACACUCACAACGCCCAGUCUGAGAAUCGAAACCGUGAGUCUGCUGCCCUAACCACUGGGCCAUUGCGCCUCCACUCUUCUUUCAUAUAUAAUAUUGAUUUCAAACUUUGGCACAAGGCCAGCGAUUUGGGGGUAGAGGGUAAGUGGAUUACACUGAACCCAGUGAUCAUUUGUUACCUGUUAUCAACCCCAUAAGGAUGAAAGCGAAGUUGACCUCAGUGGAAUUUGAACUCAGAAUGUAAAAACAGGUGAAAUGUUGCUAAGCAUGCUAAUGAUUCUACCAGCUCAUUUGUGAGUAAACUGAAUUUUGUAACAAUAAUAAUAACAAUAACAAACUGUUAAUAUUUAUGAAACAUAUUUAUUUGUCAUAAUGAAAGAAAGCAAAAGACUAACAUCCUGGAAUAAUUCCGAAAACGAAGAAGGAACUGUCUGAAAUACCGAAUCCAAGAACUGUGAAGACUUCGUUGUCUUCACCAUCAAGGAAUAAAUAUUGUUUUAUACUUUCAGAUGUUUGGUGUGGCAUAUCUCCAGGUAUCUGGUAAAUAUUGUUAUAUAUGUCUGUUAUAUAAACAUAUUCACCAUGUAUA